UGCGGGCGGUGAGCGGGGCCGGGUGGGGCUCAGUCAGACAGCGGCGGGUGUUGCCUCUCGAAGCUCCGUGGGCAGCGGGGUGCGCGGCGAUGGCUGGAUCCGGGGCGUGGGGCUGGAUCCACUUACUGCUCCUGAGCGUCAGCUCCUGGUCCUUGAUAUCAGCCCAGUUGUUGAACACACAAACCAUUCAAGUGCCUGAGAAUGACCCAAUUGAAAUACCCUGUGCUGCGUACGCAUCACAAAGCGGAACAGCCAGGAUCGAGUGGAAAUUUGAAAAGGGCUCUUCAAUAGCCCUGGUCUAUUAUGAUGGGAAAUUCACAGACCCCUACAAAGACCGUGCUGAGUUCACACCUACAGGGAUUCAUUUCACUUCGGUGACUCGGAAGGACACGGGGAAGUACGUCUGCGAGGUCCUCUGGACCAGGAGCGGGGGCAGUGGCCAACUAAGAAAGUCAGAAGUUGACCUCAUCGUCCAAGAAACAGAUGGCUCUCCACCUCCUACCUGCCAAUGCUACAGGGACAACGUCCUUAUGACCUCCAACCCCAAGGUCAACAAGAAAUUCAGGAACUCCUGCUACGCAAUCAACACCAAGACAGGAGUGCUGAUGAAUGAGCCCGUAACCAGCUUUGACAUGCGGGAUUAUUUUUGCGAGGCUCAGAACAAUGUUGGGACCGCUCAGAAAUCUGAAGCCAUCCACUUGGAAGCCAGAAACAUCAUUUCCUACAAGGACAUGAAAGUGCUGGUCGACAGCGGGAAUGCUUGGAUUAUCGAUGUUCGGUUGCCAGAGGAGGUGGCAAACGGCCAUAUCGCCAACUCGGUCAAUAUUCCAGUGGCAGAAGUCGAGGAAGCCCUGAAGACGGACCCCGAGACGUUUAAGAUGAAGUAUGGUGUGGACAAGCCACGGAUGGAUGAUAACUUGAUCUUCUACUGCCAGAGGGGCAGAAGAGCGGCUGAGGCCACAAAGAUCGCCAUAAACCUCGGCUACACCAAGGCCCGUAACUUCGCAGGCAGCUACAUGGAAUGGUCUGAGAAGGAGGGGAACUGAAGUGGGAACGACUCCAUUAGGGCUGGUGUUUGUCCCUCCACUCCCAGCAGCUGGCUUGGCCCUGAGGACUCUGCCUUUGCUUUCUUGCUGCAAUGUUGUCUCAUUUCUGCUGACGCCUGGUACUGGGAUGGGAACGCUCUGGGCCCAGGUGGGCUCUUGACUAACGCACCUGUCUGAGAAGCUGCCACUCUGCUUUCCGCCUCACCUUCCAGCCCAGUGUCUCACCUGAUCCAAAUGUAGUCACCCCCCCUGCCCCCAAAAGCAGCUGGGGGUUCAGAUACUUUAUUGGGGGUGAGGAGAUAUCUGCACCCCCCCAUUCACUCUAUCUCCCCCACUUCCCCAUGGAAUCUGGGACCCCAUCCAUAUGCUUCCCAUGGGGUAAGUCCUCAACUCUUAAGGAGGUAGAUUUGAUGAUCAUUUUCCUACCCCACCUCAUUCUCCAGCUGAAUCUGCUGCUUCCAACUGUAGCCUGUUAUUUCUAGAACAUGCCAGGUGCCCCUCAGCCAUCUCUGCUCGGGGGAUUUUCUCUGCAGCUACGCCUGGAAAAGAGAGCUCUCUAGCAUUACCUCUGAUGUAGUACAUGGCUCUGAUAAGGGGUGGGACGUAUGUAAAGGAAGGAAGAAUCCCAAGCACUGCUACAGGCUGAGGAUUGACUGGCUAAGCAACAGUUCUGCAGAAAAGGACCUGGGGAUUAUAGUGGACCAGAAGCUGGAUACGAGUCAGCAGUGUGCCCUUGUUGCCAAGAAGGCUAAUGGCAUAUUGGGCUGCAUUAGUCGAAGCAUUGCCAGCAGAUCGAGGGAAGUAAUUAUUCAGCAUGGGUGAGGCCACAUCUGGAGUAUUGUGUCCAGUUUUGUCCCUCCCUCACCUCCCACCCCCCCACAGAAGGGAUGUGGACAAAUUGGAGAGAGUUCAGUGGAGGGCAAUGAAAAUGGUUAGGGGGCUGGGACACAUGACUUAGGAGGAGAGGCUGAGGGAAGUGGGGUUAUUUAAUCUGCAGAAGAGUGAGGGGGGAUUUGAUAGCAGCCUUCAACUACCUGAAGGGGGGGUUCUAAAGAGGACAGAGCUCGGCUGUUCUCGGUGGCUGAUGACAGGAGGAGUAAUGGUCUCAAGUUGCUGGGGUGAGGGGUCUAGGUUACAUAUUAGGAAGCACUAUUUCAUUAGGAGGAUGGUGAAGCACUGGAAUGGGUUACCUAGGAAAGUGGUGGACUCUUCAUCCUUAGAGGAUUUUAAGGCCAGGCUUGACAAAGCCCUGGCUGGGAUGAUUUAGUUGGUGUGGGUCCUGCUUUGAGCUGGGGAUUGGACUAGAUGAUCUCCUGAGGUCUCUUCCAACCCUAAUCUAUAAUUGUAUGAUGGCAGCAAGACAACAGUGGAAAUUGCUCAGGGUCAGCCAGGUUUUAUAUUAUAUUAAAGUCUUUGUACAGA